AUGACUACAAUUCCCAAAACCCAAAAAGUUAUUCUCUUUGAGGAGACAUCUCAGGACCUGAGUGUUCUUCAGUACAAAGAUUUUCCGGUACCUGAAAUCUCCGCCGAUGAAAUUCUCAUCAAGAAUAAGUACGCUGGAGUCAAUUUCAUUGAAGCAUACUUUAGAAGUGGAUUAUAUCCAUCAAAGACUCCCUAUGUCCUCGGAAGAGAAGCAUCCGGCGUAGUUGUCGCCAAAGGUGACAAUGUCACCAAGUUUAAAGUUGGUGAUAAGGUAGCCUAUCUAUCGCCUAGCACUUUUGCGCAAUACACCAAAGUCGAUGGAACUACAGGUAUCAGGAUUCUGAAAUUGAAAGACGAUGCUUCCGAAGAAGAUUUGAAAUUAUUUGGGUCCGUCUUGGUUCAAGCCCUGACAGCGUUGACUUUUGUAUAUGAACCCUACAACGUCAAGAGCGGCGAUUUUAUUCUCAUACAUGCUGCAGCAGGUGGUGUUGGUCAAUUGUUGACCCAGCUUGCCGCUUCCAAAGGCGCAAAAGUAAUUGCUACUGCUUCUACUGAUGCUAAGUUGCAAAUUGCCAAGGAGCUGGGUGCUAGCUUUUUGAUUAACUCUUCUACUGAGGAUAUAGUAGAGAAAGUUAAGGAGUUUACCAAUGGAGUUGGUGUAAAUGCUGUGUACGACGGAAUUGGAAAGGCUACAUUUGAGGCCUCCUUCGAAUCUUUAGCUCCGAAAGGAACGUUUGUCAGUUUCGGUAAUGCUAGUGGCGCCGUCCCUCCUUUCUCGAUUAGCAGAUUAGCCCCCAAGAACAUUGCCAUACUAAGACCUCAAUUAUUUGGAUACACUAAUACCCCAGAAACCUGGGAAAAGUACUCCAAAGAAUUGCUAGGCCUGCUUUCUGACGGUAAACUUAAAUUCUCCAUUACAAAGGUUUAUUCUUUGAAAGACUACCCGAAAGCUGCUCAAGAAUUGGAGAGUAGAGCUACCACCGGUAAAUUGACUCUCGAGAUCCCUCAAUGA